AUGCACAUCCCAAAGGAACAUCUUCUUCAUGGAUGUUCGGACUUAAUUGGCUUCGCCGGAGAGUGUGUACAGCCCAAAGGCACCUUUGAAAUAUGGGUCACCUUUGGAAACAUGCCUCUUGCUCAAACUAUCAAAGUAAAAUUUUAUGUCAUUGAAUACGCAUCAACAUAUAACAUCAUUCUAGGAAGACCAACUAUUGCCGCAUUAAAGGGAAUCAUUUCUAUGCCUCAUCUUUUGAUGAAAUUGCAUAACAAGUCUGGCAUAGUAGUUGCCAUCAGAGGUGAUCAGAAAAUAGCGCGCAGCUGUUAUAACACCAGUUUAAGAGCCAAAACUCCUGUACAACCUGAUGACAAAGGCAAAGCAUCAGUGAAUAUGACCGAUCUUGACAUGCGAGAAGAUAUGCGCGAUACUCGUCCUCAACCGGAUGGGGAGUUGGAAGACUUCCAAAUAGGCCCACUCCCUGAAAACACCACCAAAAUUGGACAAAACCUCCCAGAAGCUGAGAAAAGCGCGCUGAUAACAGUAUUGCAAAAUAACAAAGACCUUUUUGCGUGGACAGCCGCCGACAUGCCAGGGAUAGACCCAGAGAAGAAACCCAAUGAAAAAUGGCGUAUGUGUACUGAUUACACAGAUCUCAACAAACAUUGCCCAAAGGAUUUCUAUCCACUUCCCACCAUCGACAAGCUGGUCAAUAAUUCUGGAGGAUACCAAAUCCUAUCCUUUAUGGAUGCGUAUUCAGGCUACAACCAGAUUCCAAUGUUCACACCAGAUGAGGAAGCUACAUCUUUUAUCAUUGAAAAAGCUACCUACUACUAUAAUAUGAUGCCAUUUGGUCUCAAAAAUGCUGGAGCCACCUAUCAACGCAUGAUGAACAAAGUUUUCAGUCAGUAG